AUGUUUGCUAUACUUGGGCCGGUCUGCAAUCGAUAUGCACUCCAAUGGGAGGUCAUUCAGGCGCACCAGUUCCACACACCCAUUUGCCCAAAGUUCGUAACUCACUCCCUCGAUGUUCGUCGUAUUCCCGCAUCGCGACUGAAAUACACGCCCGCAUUACGGUUCAAUACAUGGGCCAUCACGAUCGAGACAAUUUUCGGGCUUGCGGGGGUCCUGUGGGUUCAGAGGGUGGCCCAAUCAUACAGUUCACAGAUAUAG